CAGCCUCUCCUGCCGCGCCGCGUGCGAGCGCACGCGUCAUGGGCGCAGCUGGCACAACCGCACAAACCCUACCCCCAAUCCAUAGCCGCCACUCCCUCCCUCCUCCUCUUUCCUCCCUCGUCUGCCACCACCACUCCCUCCCUCCUCGUCGCCCUGCCUCUGCCCAGCUUUGCCGCCUCCCGCACGCUCGUCCUCUCAUCUCCCAUGGAGGGGAGGGGUGGGGAUGUAGGGGAAGGAGGAAGCCGGAGAUGAGGAGGUCGAUGCAGGGGACGCCAUGGAUGGUCGGGGCGCUGGCUCCUCCUUUCCCCAUGCCACGGCUGCCCAGAUCCGGCGAUCCCCUCCCACUCCGGCAUCCAGGUUGGUUGACUCGAUCUCUCAAUCACCCCAUCGCCGCGCUGCACACCGUCGUCAAGGACCAAGCCGUCGCCGCCACAGUGUCCUCCUCCUCGGUGGCCGCGGGUGCCCUGCCCGCCAAGCUGCCCAUUCUUAUCUUUCUGGAGGCAAUCUGGUAGUGCUGGGCGCACGGUGAUGCUGUCACGGUAUCCCCCUCCCCGGUGCUCUUAGAUCCAGCAGUAGCUCAACGCAGGAAAGCCGGUUGUGCUCGAUCUGCUCGCCUCCUUCGCCUCGCAGGCUCAGCAAGCAGCAACAACGUUGGAGGCAUUGGCGUGAAGGUGUCGUGAGUUAUCUGCAAGGGCAUUGUUGUGACGUGCUCCUCCAUGUCUCCCGCGAGUUCUUGGUGUGGGGAUCAUGGCUCCAGAGAGCAUAAAAUGUAUGCAUUGGAGCGACAUCAUGGGUGCCGGUGGCAGAAUGACGGAGGAGCGGGAGAAGCAGGAGCUGCUCGGACGCGCUAGCGCCAGUGAGAUCUUCCAGCAUGCGCCGACGGACAAGCCGACAUUCACGCUGGCCCAGAUCAAGGAGGCAAUCCCGCCUCACUGCUUCCAGUGCUCGUUGAUCAAGUCCUUCUCCUAUGUGGUCUAUGACCUCGUCAUCAGCGCGUCCCUCCUGUACGCCGCAUUGGUCUGGAUCCCAGCACUCUCGAGCAUGCAACAACUGGGCGCCUGUCCGCUCUACUGGGUGCCUCAUUUUGAUUUUCUUACCUUGGUGGGUUUGUAUUCAGAAAAUUAAUUUGCCUAUUUUUGCUUUUUAAUCUGUGUUGGGAGAAAGAUGUUCCUCUUUGUUGAGAAAAUGUUUAUUGUAUGGAC